CGUCGAAUGGUCACACUGCCCUUGCAUCUGGAACCGCACGUGGAAACAGCAAAGCCGAAUUUUUAUAAAAACAACGCAAUUCCCCCAAAAAUCUCAAUAAUGGAGGUGGAGAACAUCAAGGCCGAUGCCUUUGAGCCGACUAAGAGGGCUACCAAGCGCAGUGCCAACGCCGGGAGCCAGCAGGACGUUGAGAUGCAGGUGGACGAGGCGACGGGCAUCGAAGGAUCGUCGCAAACCACACGGGCAUCGGGCCCGCCCCGGGCUAAGAAGGCCAGGAGCGAGCUGCGCAAGGUGUCCGUGCCCCCGCACCGAUACUCCUCUCUCAAGGAGCACUGGAUGAAGAUCUUCACGCCCGUGGUGGAGCACAUGAAGCUGCAGAUUCGCUUCAACAUGAAGGCGCGUCAGGUGGAGCUGCGUGUGGGCCCGGAGACUCCGGACAUUGCCAAUCUGCAGAGAGGCGCCGACUUUGUGCGCGCCUUCCUGUGCGGCUUCGAGGUGGACGACGCUUUGGCUUUGCUCCGGCUGGAGGAUCUCUUUGUGGAAUCGUUCGAAAUCAAGGAUGUGAAGACGCUGCGCGGCGACCACCAGUCGCGUGCCAUCGGUCGACUGGCGGGCAAGGGUGGACGCACAAAGUUCACCAUUGAGAACGUGACCAAGACCCGCAUCGUCCUCGCCGACAGCAAGAUUCACAUUCUGGGCAGCUACCAGAACAUCCAGCUGGCGCGCCGAGCAGUCUGUAACCUGAUUCUGGGCUCCCCGCCCAACAAGGUCUACGGAAACCUGCGGUCCGUGGCCUCGCGCCUCUCGGAGCGCAUGUGAUCGGGACCCGGACUGAGAACUGUGGGCAGGCUAGUGGCGUUUUUUUUAUAGCUUUAGUAAUAAAUAAUAAAUAUAACAUGUAAUUCA